AUGCUUUCCGAGAAUACCACUAUUUUAAUGGCCAAUGGCGAAAUUAAAGACAUUGCAAACCUCACGGCCAACUCUUACGUUAUGUGCGCAGACGGUUCUGCCGCCCGCGUUGUAAGUGUCACACAAGGCUACCAGAAAAUUUAUAAUAUUCAGCAAAAAACCAAGCAUAGAGCUUUUGAAGGUGAACCUGGUAAAUUAGACCCUAGGCGUAGAACCGUCUAUCAGCGCCUGGACUUUCAAUGUACUGCAGGUCACAAGCUGUCUGUUAGGGUCCCCACGAAACCAUUGUUAGAAAAAAACGGUAGAAAUGCCACCAAAUAUAAAGUGAGAUGGAGAAAUCUACAGCAAUCUCAGACACUUGACGGAAGAAUAAUAACAAUUCCAAAAAAUCACCACAAAACUUUUCCAAUGACUGUGGAGGGUGAAUUUGCGGCAAAACGCUUCAUUGAGGAAAUGGAGCGCUCAAAAGGCGAGUAUUUUAACUUUGACAUUGAAGUCAGAGAUUUGGAUUAUCUUGAUGCUCAGUUGAGAAUUUCUAGCUGUAUAAGAUUCAGUCCAGUAGUUACCGGUAAUGGGGUUUUAUCUAAAUUUCUCACUGGACGUAACGACCUUGUAACUCCAGCUGUGAAAAGCAUGGCUUGGAUGCUUGGUUUAUGGCUAGGUGACGGUACAACAAAAGAGCCUGAGAUCUCAGUAGACAGCUUGGACCCUAAACUGAUGGAAAGUUUAAGAGAGCAUGCAAAAACUUGGGGUCUCUAUCUUACAGUUUGUGAUGACCAUAUCCCGUUACGUGCCAAGCAUGUGAGGCUUCACUAUGGUGAUGGUCCAGGUGAAAAUAGAAAAACAAGGAAUUUGAGGAAAAACAAUCCCUUCUGGAAAGCUGUCACAACACUGAAAUUCAAAAGGGAUUUCGAUGGAGAAAAGCAAAUCCCGGAUUUUAUGUACGGUGAACAUGUAGAAGUUCGCGAAGCAUUUUUGGCUGGUUUGAUUGAUUCAGAUGGGUAUGUUGUGAAAAAGGGCGAAGGCCCUGAAUCCUACAAAAUAGCGAUUCAAACUGUUUACUCAUCCAUUAUGGACGGUAUUGUUCAUAUCUCAAGAUCUCUUGGAAUGUCAGCUACUGUGACAACGAGAUCGGCUAGGGAAGAAACUAUUGAAGGAAGAAAAGUCCAAUGCCAAUUUACUUAUGAUUGUAAUGUUGCUGGAGGAACAACAUUACAAAAUGUCUUGUCAUAUUGUCGAAGUGGUCACAAAACGAGGGAGGUUCCACCAGCUGUGAAAAGGGAACCAGUAUAUUUCGGAUUUACGGACGAUUUCCAAGGCGAGAGUACAGUAUAUGGACUCAGCAUAGAAGGCCAUAAGAAUUUCUUGUUAGGCAACAAAAUAGAAGUAAAAUCAUGUGGUAGCUGUUGUGUAGGAGAACAACACAAAAUAUCCCAAAGGAAAAACUUGAAACAUUGCAUUGCCUGUCCCAGAAAGGGCAUCAAAUAUUUUUACAAAGAUUGGAGCGGUAAAAAUCGAGUAUGCGCUAGAUGCUAUGGAAGGUACAAAUUCAGUGGUCAUCACUGUAUAAGUUGUAAAUAUGUACCAGAAGCACGCGAAGUAAAAAAGGCAAAGGAUAAAGGUGAGAAAUUGGGCAUAACCCCUGAAGGAUUGCCUAUUAAAGGGCCAGAAUGUCUAAAAUGUGGAGGGAUUUUGCAGUUUGAUGCUAUUCGUGGACCUCAUAAGAGCUGUGAUACAAAUGUUGGUGUGCGCAUAUGUUAG